UCCCCUGUUCCAGCCCCUCCCCUUGCCCUCCAAAUCGCCCGUCUCCCCUAUCCCGCCCCCACGGCGUGCUCCGGGAGGCAGCACCGGCUCAGCUCCAGUCUGUGCAAGCGGAUAACGGAACCGCAUCGUGCUUUCUGUGCCCGGUGUCCGUGCAGCAAGGAGAUCACAGCAAGAUGAUGAUGGCCUUCACGCUGACCGUCUCCUCUCUGCUUCUCGCUUGCGAAAGUGCCCUGCCUCAAAAUGCAGAAGAGCGGCUAGCUAAUUAUCUUUUACAUCCGGAUCGCUACAAUAGACUCAUCAGACCUGCAAAAAACAGCAGUGAGAUUGUCACCAUUGCAAUAAAAGUGUCCUUGUCACAGCUAAUAAGUGUGAAUGAGAGGGAACAGAUAAUGACAACAAAUGCUUGGCUCACGCAGGAGUGGAAUGACUAUAGGCUAAGAUGGAAUCCCGGAAACUACGAAGGGAUCGAUAAACUCAGAAUAUCUUCUCGGCAUCUUUGGCUCCCCGAUAUAGUGUUAUAUAACAAUGCUGAUGGAACCUAUGAAGUGUCCCUUUAUACUAAUGCAAUUGUAUACAGCAACGGAGACGUGUUCUGGCUGCCUCCUGCCAUCUACAAGAGCGCCUGCAGAAUUGAAGUGAAGCACUUUCCUUUUGACCAGCAGAACUGCACCCUGAAAUUCCGAUCAUGGACGUACGAUCGCACUGAAAUUGAUUUAGUCCUAAGCAGCGAUGUUGCAAGCAGAGAUGACUUCAAACCCAGUGGGGAAUGGGAUAUUGUCUCUCUUCCAGGGAGAAGGAAUGAGAUACCAACUGACCCAACAUAUGUUGAUAUUACAUAUGAUUUUAUCAUCAAGAGAAAGCCAUUAUUUUAUACCAUUAAUCUGAUCAUCCCCUGUGUGCUGAUAACUUCUCUUGCGAUUCUGGUGUUUUACUUGCCCUCCGAUUGUGGUGAGAAAAUUACGCUCUGCAUUUCUGUCCUGCUGGCGUUAACUGUCUUCUUACUGCUCAUCUCCAAGAUUGUUCCUCCAACCUCACUGGAUGUGCCCCUGUUAGGGAAAUACCUGAUGUUUACCAUGGUGCUGGUUACCUUCUCAAUAGUUACCAGUGUCUGUGUAUUAAAUGUGCACCAUCGGUCACCCAGUACCCACACCAUGCCCGAGUGGGUGAAGCAAAUGUUUCUCAAAAAGCUACCCACCCUCUUAUUCAUGAAGCGCCCAGAGAGUCGAAGCCUGAAGGACAGAAUCAGUAGAGAGCAGACAUCAGCUUGUCCAAAUGGCAAGGAGGAUCAGACUGAUGUUCAAACAUGUUACAUCAACAAAGAGCCAGCAAAGGAAUAUGGCUGGCAUUUAGGAGAUCUGCCAGACCAUCAAGAUCUAAGGAAGAAGGGGUCAUCAAAGGUCAAUUCCAGCAUUCAAGAAGCAGUUGAUGGUGUUAGAUUCAUAGCAGAACAUAUGAAGAGUGAAGAUGAUGAUCAGAGUAUCAUUGAAGACUGGAAGUAUGUUGCUAUGGUAAUCGAUCGUCUGUUUUUGUGGAUAUUUGUGCUUGUGUGUGUAAUUGGCACAUUGGGACUCUAUCUUCAACCUUUAUUUCAAAAUCACAUUCCACCAGAUGUAUUUUCUGAUGCAGAAUAAUUGUUCUUCCUUCUAUGAUUUUCCAAACUCAAAAGGUAAUGAAAAUGAGAGUCAUCCAAGCACAUGUAUUUUACAGAUACUCAGUGAAAGUGAACUGCAACUUUGGAGUUCGUAUGGUGUCAGUGAUCAUUCAAUUUAAACAUGGCUGUAUGCUCAUCUGAAAUGUUAACUCAGCAGGUAUUGUUGCCCUCUCUAGGUUAUCCUAUUUUUCUCAAUAGAGUUAGGGCAAAACUAAUUUGCCACAAAUCCAAUGGCAGCAAGUUCGACUUAUUUUUGUUUAAAAUGGAAUAUUAUUGGAGUGCAGCACUUAGUGGUUUGAGUGCCUACUAUUACCUGAUUAGUAUUAUGCUUGAUUCAAAUAUUACCACAUUAGCGGGGAUAGAUAUAACAGAAAGCAAAUAGAAAAUGAGGAUGGCAAAUUAUGUUCCAGCAAUCAUCGUUCUUCUCUAACUUGCGCUAUGAAUUCUAUACCAAAAAAUUUCAUCUCUAAUGAUGAGUAAUUGAACUUUGAUUAGGAUAUUGUCUUCCUGCAAACCUAAUUGGCAAAUCUUUGGGUGAAAGCCAUGUAGGUUGAAUAUGUGGAUGUCCCUUUGAUCAAGGUGUGUGCAGUUCAUGCUGUGUUGCUUUGUAACUUUAUUUGUGCCAUUGCAUUGUUUGUUAGUUAGCAUUUUGUAGAACCACUAGGGUUUUUAAAUGAAUUGGAAUUCAGCUUCCCAAUGAAAUCACAUUAGAAGGCUGUUCGAUUCAAAUGUGCUUACAAUGCCAUGCUCAUGUAACCAUGAGUGCAACAGAUAAUUGCUAGAAACUUUUAAAUAUAUAUAUAGAAUACAUUGUGACUCACUGAGACAUUGGAC